AUGUUAGAUAACAAAAACAACGAGAAUUUCAACAUUGAUGAAUUUAAACACAUUGUAUCAUCUGCUCUCCGAACAACGAGAACUUCAACCCUGUGGCUCUGUCAACUCCACUUUGAGCCUGCAAACCCGCUGCACAACCACCUCCCACGACAUCCAAACCCCGCGCCGUAUCCCUCCUCAGCAAAGCCCUCUGCUCACCGCGAAGGCGAAGCCCGCAAAUCCGUACCAUCUCCGCCUCAUCAAGAUGUCUCACCGCUGGCGUCUACGGCGAGCCGACAGAGCCAUGCGCCGGCGCCGCGGAUGCCCUUCAUCGAAGCCUCCCGCAAGCAACAACAAGGCGAGAACGGCACUCGCGCCGUCACAAGCGACCAUUCCAAGCGCGAUCUCUCCCCGAAGUCCAUCUCGGAUAGCUUGAGCCGCGUUCCUAGAGGCAUGACGGCGACUCGGUUAGUUAUGGCGGUUACUGCCGCCGUGGACAGAAUCACGCUCCAGCAUCCCUUAAGCGAGAUCUGUGACUUGGAGUUAAGCGGGAUGGCGACGUUCGCUAAGGGUAGAAGCAGCAUGGAAGUUAGUAUCCAGGUCGCGAAGGUGCCGAAGCAGGGAGAGACUGUGAAGGACGGGGAUGUGCUUUUUGACGUGCGCGUUUACGAUGGUAGGCCGCUGCCAGUCUCGUGA